AUGAAGUCCCUCACAGCCCCCAGCCUCCUGGCCGCUCUUCUCACGACACCCGCUCUCUCAAAGCCCGUCGUCGAUGAGAAGUAUCCCUACAAGGGCCCGGCAGUCCCCGUCGGCGAUUGGGUCGAUCCCACCGUCAACGGCAACGGAAAAGGAUUCCCUCGUCUCGUUGAGCCUCCCGCCGUGAAGCCUGGCUCUUCAAACCCAAGCAACAACGUCAAUGUUAUUUCGACGUCGUAUACUCCUGGCGGCAUCAACAUUCACUACCAGACACCUUUUGGACUCGGUGCUGCGCCGGCUGUUCAUUGGGGGACCAGCGCGUCUGAGUUGAAGAAUAAAGCUACUGGGUCGACUACUACCUACGAUCGCACUCCUCCUUGCUCUGCUGUCAAGGCUGUUACGCAGUGUAAUCAGUUCUUCCACGAUGUUCAGAUCAGCGACCUCAAGCCUGGCACGACUUACUACUAUCAGAUCCCUGCUGCCAACGGCACCACAAAGUCUGAUGUCCUUAGCUUCACUACUGCUCGCGAAGCAGGUGACAAGUCAGAGUUCACCAUCGCUGUUCUCAACGAUAUGGGCUACACCAACGCCGCUGGUACUUACAAGUAUCUCAACAAGGCUGUUUCUGAUGGCGCUGCUUUUGCUUGGCACGGUGGUGAUCUGAGCUAUGCUGACGAUUGGUUCUCUGGCAUUCUGCCUUGUGAGGAUGACUGGCCUGUUUGCUACAACGGAACUUCAACUGAGCUUCCCGGCGGCGGUCCUAUUCCCGAUGACUACAAGACUCCCCUUCCCAAGGGCGAGGUCGCUAACCAGGGAAGUCCCCGUGGUGGUGACAUGAGCGUUUUGUACGAGUCGAACUGGGAUCUUUGGCAACAGUGGCUCAACAGCAUCACCCUCAAGAUUCCUUACAUGGUCGUCCCCGGUAACCACGAAGCCACCUGCGCCGAGUUCGACGGCGGCAACAACACGCUCUCUGCGUAUCUCGACAACGACAAGAGUAAUGCCACCCAAGCCAACAUGACGCUUAACUACUACUCCUGCCCUCCCUCGCAGCGCAACUUCACCGCGUUCCAGAACCGCUUCCAUAUGGCUGGCGAUAAGUCCGGCGGUGUUGGCAACUUCUGGUACUCGUUCGACUACGGUCUUGCUCACUUUGUGUCUAUAAACACAGAGACCGAUUACGCCAACAGCCCUGAGAAGCCUUUUGCUGCGGAUCUCAAGGGUGAUGAGACGCAUCCUUUGGCGAAUGAGACUUAUGUCACUGAUUCCGGUCCUUUUGGUGCUGUGCAUGGUUCUUACAACGAUACUAAGAACUAUGAGCAGUAUCAGUGGUUGGCUAAGGAUCUUGAGAACGUUGAUCGAUGCAAGACCCCUUGGGUUAUUGUCAUGGGCCACCGUCCUAUGUAUAGUUCUGAAGUUGCCAAGUACCAGGUCAAUAUCCGCGCUGCUUUCGAAGAUCUGAUGCUGAAGAACAACGUCGAUGUCUACAUUGCUGGUCAUAUUCACUGGUAUGAGCGUCUUCAGCCCAUGGGCCACAACGGCACCCUCGACUCUGGCUCCAUCAUCAACAACAACACCUACAAGACCAACCCCGGCAAGUCAAUGGUCCAUCUCGUCAACGGAGCCGCAGGCAACAUCGAGAGCCACAGCGUUCUCGACGGCGAGCCUCGUCUCAAUAUGACCAUGUUCCUUGACCAGACUCACUUUGGUUUCGCCAAGUUGACUGUCCAUAACGAGACUGCGCUCUCUUGGCACUUUAUCCACGGUGAUGGUGGUGUUGUGGGUGAUGAGCUGACUGUCUUGAAGGAGAGUGCUUCGAAGUGCACUGCCGCUAGAAACUCUUCAUCUGGAGGUGCGAGCGGUACAAAGGCCCCGGUUGCUACACCUACUAAGGCUACUAGCGCUGGUACCAAGACAUUUGUCUCUGGGGCUCUUGGCCUUCUUGUUCUGGCUCUGGCUUUGUAG